CGGCCGGUCAGUAAGGACUUAUUUGACCCUUUUAUGCAAUUUCAAGUACUAAAUUGACCCUUUACUCUGCAACAAUCUAUCAAAACGCCCACCUUUUUCUUGAUGUCUGCAUUUGAUACUGUUCAGGUCACAUGGACCUUUGCAGGAAAUGACACAAUUAAAAAGUGUCUGACUGAUUUUAUGAACUGCUCAAGUGACAUUAUUAAAACCCUCCAAGAUUUGAGGUUGGAAUUUUUUAGUGUAUUGCCUAAUCUAGGCAAUCCUACUUCGAGGGGGAUUUUGAUUACUUCUCCCACAACUCAUGAACAACUUUCGAAUUAUAGAUGGAAUACUGACAUGGUUGUAGAUGGGAGCAAUGAGAAAAUCUCUGAACUGUUUGGAGAUUGGUAUUUCGAUCAAAAAGGCGUGCGAAUAAUCGACAAAUACCCAUGUCCAUACAAUUGUUCCAUCAACGACACUAAAGCCAACAAUGC